GUCUCUUGCCUUGAAAGAAGAAACAGUGUCAAUGUGGCAAGAGCUUACUCAUGUGCAAUUCUCUUGCAGAGCCUCCCAAGGGUUACACCAUCCCGAAUUCGUGGCCUGUUCCUGACCUCGAGCCUGAGAGCCAUCCCACGGUGCCGUCAAAGCCUGGAGAAGACCACCAGAGCAAGAUAAAUCGGGCUUAUGAACCGGGCUCAGAUGAUGUCACCGAGAGAACCACAGAGCUUUACAAUCCCCCGAGCCCCCCAACUGUUUCCAGUCCCAGAGAUCCUGGAAAGUUGUACACUAUAGGUGCAGUAGCGGCUGUUCUUUCUCUGCAAGUUGCAAUUGUGUUGGGCUGUGUCGUGGUCUGGUGGCGAAGGAAGAAGAAAGCGCCCGUCGCUGGAGCUUCAGCUGACCAGCUGGAAAACGGCAGCUGCCCCUCACGCCCAGACAGCCAGUGCAGCUGCCCCUCACGCCCGGACAGCCAGUGCAGCUGCCCUUCGCACCCGGACAGCCAGUGCAGCUGCCCCUCACGCCCGGACAGCCAGUGCAGCUGCCCCUCACGCCCGGGCAGCCAGUGCAGCUGCCCCUCGCGCCCGGACAGCCAGAGUAGCUCCUCCUCCUGCCCGGACAGCUGGACACAACAGGAGCCUCUCCCAUCUGGAAGAGCAGAGAACCAGGCCCCCCCACGGCCCCCAUGCCAUCUGAGCCCAUCCCCGGCCAGCCUGCAGCAGAGCAGACAGAGCAGCGCUGUUCAGCCCAUGACGGACGAGCACUUCCCCCUGCGCCUCCCAAGCCCAUUUCUGGCCCCCAGGCAGCAGAGGAAACAGCCCAGGACUCUCCAGCACCCGACCAAAAAGCAACGGCCCCGACGCCCACCAAGCGCUCACCCAGCUGUCCUGGAGCGCAGGAGACAGUCCAGCAGCCUCCAGCCCCAGGACCAACCGCAGUCGCCCUCACACCCCCCGAGCAGAUUACCGUCCACCCUGCAGCAGCAAGACUAGGACAGUGUCCAACGGCCCCAGCACCAACCACACAGGCCCCCAAGCCCUCCGAGACCGCUGCUCCAGCCGCACAGCAGGGGCUGAAGGCAGCCACACCAGGGUAGGAGCUGGGGUGCACUGAGUAGAGCCCCAACCGACAGCUUCGGGGCUCAGCCGCUGCCCGCCAAAGACAGUGUGACACAGGGCUGUCACACAAGUGUCCAGGGGGUACCAACAGCAAACCAAGCGAGGCACCAGCACCGGCUGGGCUCCACGCCUGGGCGCAGCCGUGGAUGCCCACUGUGUCGGCAGGCAGGAGCUGGGCACGGGCGCGUGGGGAAAGCCCCAAUGGCGGCACUACGCGCUCUGCUCCACAGCUCAUCCCUGACUGCCAGCCUGCUGCAAACAGGUCAUUAGCCUGAGGGGCAGGUCCUGCCCCUUUCUCCUACAACGCAAGGCACCCUCUGAUGCCAUCCGGGCUGCUCCUGAAGUGAUUAAAGAGCUGGGAGAGCGGGAAGCGUGGUCAGGUCUCCUUCUCAAUACAGUUCUCCUGCGUCGCCUGCAGAGAAGCCUCAUGGCAAGUGGUGACUAGCGGUAGAUGACAGAGCCCUGAGCACCGCCGCUGAACAGCGCCCUGCGGCUGCUCCCGGUCCGAGUGGUAGAGUCCCUUGUGUCAACGAAGAAGCCCUGCCAGGAGUGGUGACAGUAGCUGGGAAGGAUAGGUGGUGUUGGCUCCCCGUGUCGGGGACAGAUAGGGAGAGGUCUCCUUUCACCAGGCGGGGACUGCCGUUUACAUGGACCGCCUGACCACAGUGUUUUGAACAUUGUCCUGCCAUUGCUCCUGCUCCACCAGCUGCAGAGCUGGAAGCAUCAACAUUAGCGCAGAGGUCGCUGUGAUGCAGUUACUGUGUCUUCCAGUCCAGGACAGCCCGAGCCGGGGAGUUUUGAUGUUAUGCCCAGAGCGAGAUAAAGAAGCAAAUGAGGUCAAAUGCUGCCAAUCAAGGAAGUUUAUAGGAUCAAAGUGUUGACAAGCAAAUAGCGAUAGUAAAGGGAAGGAAGGCUAGAAGAGGAGGAAACCUAGCAAGCAGUCGGGACAGAGUCGCAAGAGAUAGUCACCACCAUGGAUCCAGCAGCGUCCUGUUGGUCUGUAGUUUCCCUGUCCGUCGGUGAUGGUUUCAGCUGGGAUAGACUUAAUUUUCUUCUUAGUAGUUAGUACACCGCGGUGGUUUGGCUCUGAUGUGAGAACAAUGUUGAUAGCACACUAAUGUUUUUAGUUGUUGCUGCGUGAUGUUUAUACUAAGUCAAGGACUUUUUGGUUUCUUGGGCCCUGCCAGUGAGAGGGCUGAGGGGACACAGCCAGGACAACUGACCCAAGCUGGCCAAAGAGGUAUUCCAUACCAUACGACAUCAUGCUGAGUAUAUAAACUGGGGAAAGAAGAAGGAAGGAGGGGACAUUUGGCAUUAUGGUUUUGUCUUCCCAAGUAACUGUUAUGCGUGAUGGAGCCCUGAUUUCCUGGGAAUGGUCAAACACCUGCCUGCCCAUGGGAAGUAGUGAAUGAAUUCCUUGCUUUGUUUUGUUUGCGUGCAGAGCUUUUGCUUUACCUAUUAAAUUGUUCUUAUCUCAA